AGCCGGCGCUUCCCGCCCCGGAGCCCCGCCCCGACCGCCUGCGGAGCGUCAGGCCUCGCCCCGCCUGGCCUGAGGAUCCUGCUCGCCACCCGGUGUCUUACCAGCAUGUCCAGUCCGCCGCUCAUACUCUGGCGCCUCCUCGCCUGCCCACGGAGCGGCGCCCCAGGGAUCGCUCCGCUGCUGCUGCUGCUGCCACUGCUCCUGCUGCUCCCAGUCCUGGCCGCGGCCAACUGCCCGUGCCAAGAUCCAGUGCUGUGCCAACCCAUCCGCCAGCGCCCGGACUUCGAGGUAUUUGCAUUUGAUGUUGGUGGAAAAACUUGGAAAUCUUAUGAUUGGUCACAGAUUACAACUGUGGCAGUUUUUGGAAAAUAUGACUCAGAACUUAUGUGCUAUGCUCAUUCAAAAGGAGCCAGAGUAGUGCUAAAAGGAGAUGUAUUCUUAAAGGAUAUCAUUGAUCCUACUUUCAGAGCAUCCUGGAUAGCUCAAAAACUUAUGGUGGCUAAAACACAAUAUAUGGAUGGAAUUAAUCUAGACAUAGAGCAAGAAGUUAAUUGUUCAUCACCUGAAUAUGAUGCAUUAACUGCUUUAGUCAAAGAAACUACAGAGUCUUUCCAUCGUGAAAUUGAGGGAUCACAGGUAACCUUUGAUGUUGCUUGGUCUUCAAAGUGCAUAGACAGAAGGUGCUAUAAUUAUACUGGAAUUGCAGAUGCUUGUGACUUUCUCUUUGUGAUGUCUUAUGAUGAACAAAGUCAGGUCUGGUCAGAAUGUAUUGCAGCAGCCAAUGCUCCCUAUAAUCAGACAUUAGCUGCAUAUGAUGAAUACAUUGAGAUGGGCAUUAACCCUAAGAAACUUGUAAUGGGUGUUCCCUGGUAUGGUUAUGACUAUACCUGCCUGACUCUAACAGAGGAUCAUGUUUGUACCAUUGCAAAAGUCCCUUUCCGGGGGGCUCCUUGUAGUGAUGCUGCAGGACAUCAGGUGCCCUAUAAAAUGAUUAUGAAGCAAGUAAACAGUUCUAUUUCUGGAAUCCAGUGGAAUAAAGAUCAGCAGGCUCCCUAUUUUAAUUAUAAAGAUUCUACUGGCCGUUUUCAUCAAGUGUGGUAUGAUAACCCACAGAGCAUUUCUUUAAAGGCAGCAUUUAUACAAACCCGUGGCUUACGAGGCAUUGGCAUGUGGAAUGCAAACUGUCUUGACUACUCUGGAGACGCUGUAGCCAAACAGCAAACUGAAGAAAUGUGGAAAGCAUUAAAACCGAAGCUGUGACAGACAUGAACAUCCACUGUCAAACUAUUAAGAUUUAGAAAAUGAUGUGUAUAAAUAGAUGUAGUUUCUUGAAGAGGUAAAAAAUGUAUACAUUGUCAUGUUGCUAUACGUUUUACUUAUUACUAUAAUCAAAAACAUAAAAAAUAAAGAGAUGCUUUGAUUGUUGAAUUUGAAAGAUACAUAUAUAUUGAUAUCUUCAGUGUCCAGAAAUAUAAAGAUAAGAAACAAGUCACUUACUUUCUUAAAUAUUCCUUUAUAAGAUGUUUUAAUACUAUAAUUAGAAACAACUGCUUUCAAAAUUUAAUUAGGCUAAUUUUUCCCCAUGAUAUUAAAAUAUAUGCUUACAAAUCGAUUCUAAUUUUUAAAAUAUAUAUAAUUCGAAGUAGAAAUUGUUUAUUGCUUAGAAUAGAUUUUUAUAAACCUCGUCUUUGAGAAGCAGUUUGCUCUGUACUUUUUUGUUUUUUAAUAAAUCUAAAUUUAAAAUCUGCGAUUUAUUCUCCUCUUUAGGUCCAUCAAACUACUGGAAAUAAUUUUCCUGCUCCAGGACUCCAUGUAGUCUUAUGUUCUCUGAGGCAUUUGAAUUAAACUCAAACCUCCAGAGGAAAAAAAUAUAAAGUAUUAAAAUACUCACAAAAUCAAGAAGAUACUUUAGUAAUAUUUUGAAUUAGUAUGUUAGACCCAUGUAAUAUUUUCCAAAUAAAUUUUUUAUGUGGUUAUAUCUGAUAUUUUACAAUAGGAAAAACUUGCUGUUGAAACUGAAUCUAUCCUUUGUCAUUUACCCCUCCAAUUAUUAAUAUCCCUUCACUAUGGAUAUCUAUACUUUAUUUCUUGGCUAGUUUUCUUUUCAGUGGUCAAUUUUUUCUUUUUCUAUAUCUGCAUUUUACUUUUAAUUAUUAAAAGACAUUGGUUUCUCAAGUUGUUUCUCUUUCUAAAGAGAAAUUUUGUACAAAGAACUUUUCUAAAUGCACAGAGGUCUUUGUUCUCUUUCUCAAGUCAAUUAAGAACACUGUGUUGCACUUCUUAGUUCCUAUAAAUACUUAAAUUAAAAGUUUGCACCCUGGAACUCUGAAUUUACAUAAAUAUUGCUUUCUCUAUACAUUUAUUCUCUCCAAAUGGAAAUAAAUGAUGAUUUGAUUAUG